CUCGCUUCUCUUCUUGCGCCACAAUCGGUGAUUUAUUCCCAUGGAACGCGCUAAAUCACGAGUGCAACACAGUUCAAUAAUGGCUCUAUAAAAAGCGGCUAGAGGCAAAGUUGCAGACCACAAACAUUUGCGACUUGUAUCCAUGGCUGACCCAACAUACGACCUCUUCUUCACUGGCCGAGAUGACCCCCGCUCCUGUGUUAUCAUCGGUGAAGACACGAAACCGAUUUACCUCUGUUUCGACACGCCCGAGCGAAGUAUAGCUCCAAGUAUCAGAACGACUGUCCUUAGUAAUAACAAAGACCUGGUCGCGUCCUUUGACUGGAGCCCGGGCAAUCAUUUGGGGAGAGUGACGAUUGGCAAACGACAAAUUCCAAUGUCACAUCUCGUACGGCCUGGAUCGAGACAAAAUGCGCGAUCGUUUGUGUCCUCCGAUGGAAGACAACUAGAAUGGCGCAAAUGCCUUAACGACCCAACAUCUUACGAUUUGUACGUAGCGCCGAAUUUCCAAAUUGCUGCUUUCCGUCGAUAUGUUUCUUCGACCGCAGUCGGACCAACACAUGGACUGCUGCAAUAUAAAUUCAAUCAUGACACAUUACUGGUGGAAGCUUUGUUGGCACUUGCCCUGAAUCGAUGGAUUGACCUGCACGGAAUGUAAAAAAUGCCUUGUACAUUAUAUAUAUUAUAGUUUUCGUCGCUGUGGACAUUAAUCAAAAAGGAAUAGAUAUGCAAAAACAAAUCAAGUCCAGAUCUUAGGGAAAUACAUAAUAAGGCCGCAAAAAAACCCGUCAACUAUGCUCCCUUCAUGGAGCCAAUCAUAUGGUCUAGUCUUUCUUCUACCGUCCAGCCCCGUGCGGAAGUUGAAGGAUCCGGCCUCCAUACCUUGCGAGAUGUUCUCGAUGAGGCGUCCAAUUUGAGCUGAUGAACUAUAAAAAACCUACCUUGGUCUCAGGACGAGGUGACUUUCCUUGAGGUUUUUGGGGGGAAUAAUUGGAGGCGACACUUUUCCUCAGA